AUGGCAAAGAAGACCGCGCCCGCAGGAGCCCAGAACGCCAAGCAGAAUGCUUUGGCUCUUAAGCGCUACCUCCCGCGCAAGCUUAGGGAAGCUGCCGAGGACGAGGCCGCAGUGGAGAAGGGAGUUGGACACGACCUGAUCAUCUACAGCUUCGAUCGCCCUACCGGCCAGUACGGAUACACACCCUUUUCGAUUCAAUUGCGUCUUCGCCUUCGCCAUGCCGGAAUUCAGCACGUAGACCGCGCUGCCAACAUCUUCCAGGCACCCAAGUAUCGGGUGCCCUACGUCAAGCUUGCCGACUCGGAUGAGCUUGUUGGCGAGUCGCAGUUCAUCAUCAAGCGUCUUGUGCAGACCGGCAAGCUCCAGGACCUCAAUAAAGAGCUCUCUCCCUCCGACCAGGCCAAGGAUGCUUGCAUCCGGGCUAUGCUGGAGGACCGCGCCUACUUCCUCAUUUUGUACGAGAGAUGGCGCGGCCAGUAUGAGAUGAUGUGGCACGAUGGUCCCUUCUCCCACUUCGUUUGGGGCGCCAAGCAGAUCUCUACUCAGGCGGCUCGCGGCUACGUUAACUCGCAGCUGUGGUUCCAGGGCGUCGGCCGCUACUCCGACGAGGAGGUCAAGGCCUUCGCCACCGACGUUGUCAUGUCCCUGAAUGGCUUCUGCGAGACCUCACUGUCGAAGCUGAGUCUCGAUUCGCGGGAGUCCCGGGAGCCGUUCUGGAUCCUUGGCGGCCAGCGCCCAUCCGAGGCUGACUUUAUCGUCUACGGCAACCUCGCUACCGUGCUUGGCACCACUGUCAACCCCGUCCACGCCGCCCUCAUCCGUGAGAAGCCCGCCCUGGUCGAGUACAUGGGCCGCAUCCACGAGCGUUUCUUCUCCGAGUACAAGUCCCCUGUUCACGCUUAA